AUGAACGCACAGGCUGGCCGUCCGACACUCCGUUCCGGUAAGAAUCGGGUCGGAUCGAAGCGAUCAGCAUCCUCUCCCCAGAAGUCCUUACGGCGGUGCAUGGCGAAGAGACUCACAACGACCGGGGUACCGGCAGUUAUCGAACAAGGGGACUAUGGCCUCGUGUCUUCGCGCUAUGUCGACUGGAAGUUGUACCGCAAACUGUUGAACCCGGCCUUCAACCAGCGCAUACUGGUUAGCUUCAUAUCGAUCUUCAGCCGUUGCACCGGAACGAUGGUAAGUCGCAUGGCCAAGGAGGAAGAGCACGGCCGUCCGUUCGACAUCCUUCACUACACUGCACAGUGCACGCUGGAGAUGGUGUGCGCCAGCUCGCUGAAAAGUGACAUCACCGACGAUCCGCAGUCACGCGGGCUGUGUCAGGACAUUGAGAAAAUCGGCUCCAUCAUGGGCAGUCGCGUUUUCAACGUGAUGCUCUACAGUGACCUGCUGUUCGCGUUGACACCUCGCUACAGAGAAAUGCAGAAGCUUCGGCACAGAGUGGAACAAGUGGUUGAACCGAUUUUACACAAACGCCAGGAAGAACUGCGUCAACAGCGCUCGGAAAAGAAGCUUCUUGAUGAAGAGGAAAAUUACCGCAGGCCGAUGGUUUUCCUCGAUCAGUUGCUUAACAUGCAACGCAACGGGGAGGACCUUUCGAUGGCGGAAAUCGAAAGCCACAUCUACACCAUCAUUGGAGCGGGAAGCGAGACGACCGCGAACCAGGUUGCGUACGUUCUCCUCAUGUUGGCCAUGCAUCCCGAGCUGCAGGAACGAGUACACGAAGAAAUAGCACUGGUGUACGAUACCGAUUCUCAGGACAUCUCGUACGACACAAUUUCGAGGCAGCAAUAUCUGGAGCAGGUGAUCCAGGAAACGAUGCGACUGUUUCCGGUUGCUCCGUUGAUCGGUCGGGAAACCGUUGAGCCAAUGUCCCUCGGCGGGUGCGACGUUCCGGCCGGCGUGACGCUGCUCAUCAACAUUCUGAACGUGCACCGGCGGAAAGACCUGUGGGGCGAGCGGGCGGAUCUGUUCGAUCCGGAUCGGUUCGAGCCGGCGGCGUACGCGGCCCACAAGCGCCAUCCGUUCAGCUACUUUCCCUUCGGUGGUGGGCCCCGGAAUUGCAUCGGCUAUCGGUACGGCAUGUUUGCGAUGAAGAUUAUGGUCACGCAGGUUCUGCGGACGUACAAGCUCACCACCCCGUUAACCUUGAACGGCCGGUUGCGUCUGUCUUUUGCCGUAACGCUAAAGCUCGGUACCGGGCAUUUGGUCAACAUUAAGCGACGGCACGGCUGA